CAGCUAGAAAGUGCGCCCGCGAAUAACGAUAAUGGCGCCGGUGCGGGCGUCACACCACUAACAACGCUGCUGUCCUCCUCCGACGCACUCGAAGCGCUGAAGAGAUCUCCCUCCCUUGAGACGCUUUGUCCGGGUGAGCGUCACCCACCACCGACUAACAUUCCUUCGCAAGAACCUCUAAAACGUACGCCUGGGGAAGUGACAGUCGACGCACCGGACGCAACGCCACUAACCCCUCCUCUAUCCUCCGAUACACUAGUAGCGUUGAAGCGGUCAUCCUCGCUGGAGACGCUCUUUCCGUGGGACGAAAGCAACGAAAGUGCCGAGCCUACCGAGGCGCUUAGUAAGGUGAAGAUCGUCGGCGAGAAUGUCAUUGGCGACACCGUCGACGUACUGAUUCCCGUCGUUGACGUCCACUACCUGAAUGAAAUUCAAAUCGAGCGGCAAAGACGCAUGAUGAAGCUUGCAGCAUUAAGCUGCAUCGCCCAAAGGCUACGAUCAAAAUCCGUGACUUCAGGUGAAGUUCGCAGCACAUCCGUCAACCAGCCAGCCAACAGAGCCCGCGUCAGUUCACGUCGUCGCAAGUCACCAGCGGCCGUUCUCGAAUCAAGCACUGGAAAUACACAAGCAGAAAAUAUUAAAACAAAAGCAGUACGCCGCAAACGUAUGACCACCAUUCCGGAAACAAGCUCCGACUGUAUUGCCCUACGACUCAGGUCUACAACUAGAAACCGCCCAAACCCUCCACGGCAAGAACCGGUCGUCGUUCAGCCAAGUACAAGCUCCCAAGAAGAAUUAACAUCACCCGCGUCUUUAAGGAUAACCAACACAAAAACGGUCGCUUGGGAAGAACACGACGGUCUGGACCAUCCGUUGGGACCCUCGUUGUCUUCUGCGCUCGACAACAAAACAACUUCGCUGGAACCGCUCCGGUGGGAGGCUACCGAAAACGAGAAGUGUCUGCCAAUCAACAACCUGGCCAGUGUGACAGUCUCCGAGCCAACGACGGAAGAAACAAAGACGGGUGAAGCGGGAACCUCGACGGCGUUGGCAGACACAAACACCAAGAACGAACCGGUGUACGAUGACGGUGUGGAUGAGGGCAGUGCGGAGUUGUCGGUAGCAGGAGACGACGGCAAAACAACCGCCGGGCUAUGUCAGCCGCUCCAGCAGCCGAAGGCUAGCAAGACCCAGUACGUUACGGGCUGGAGCCGAAGUCGCCCCUAGGCUAGUGUGCGACCCUGGCAAUGGCGGCGAAGGCGAAGAGGGACCCUGUAGCGGACAUCUCGCUAGAAGACGGCUCCGGUUACGCUCGGAACGCCAACGCCAUGAACAUCAACAGCAACUCCACCGACCAU